AUUAGUGGCGGGUUCUCUUUUGAAAACAGAGCAAAACAACAAACAGAGUAUGAAACCCACGUUCCUCCUAUUUAUCAACAUAACCGUCCCAUUAAGUGCUAGAAAUCUUCCACAACUCACACCAUCAUUAUGUACCUCUUCAGUUCUGGUCUCUUCUAUGAGGGUUUAUAAAUCACCAAAUCAAGAGAGAAUCAUCUUUACAACAACAAAAAGAUGAAGUGGGGUGGAAGAAGAAAACCUUCUUCAGGUUCUUCUUCUUCUUCUUCUAAGCCUUCUUUCACCUCUCCUUUUUCUUGGCUCUCCAAGUUCAAGCAGAUGAGAAUCAACAACAACUCUGAGCCAAAACAAGAAAAACAACUGAAGCAUCAGAAUACAAAGCAGAAUUCCCCAUCUGAUAAUUCAUCCCAAUAUCAAUAUGCUAGUGGGAGUGGAGCCAGGUUUUAUGGAGAGGAUGGUGAUGAUUUCUGGAGACUUUCAUUCUAUGUAGAGGGCAAUAAUGAUCAUAAGGAGAGUACUGAAGAUGUUAUCAAGCCAGAAAAGUACAAUUUGGAUGCUGAAAGACAUGGAAGAAGAGAAGGGACAAGGCAGAAGAAGGAAAUUGGGGUGAAAGAAGAAAGGGAAUCACUAAAUGAAGCAAAGUGUGCAAAGGAGCUUGAAUGCUUGAGGAGGAGAUAUGAGAGGAAAGCACAUAGAGUUUUGCAAGAGCAUCUCUUGAAAUCAGAAAGAGCAGAAUUACAAGAAGUUGAAUUUGCACCAAGAAGUAAGUACUUGGAAAAGGAUGAGAUUCAAUUUGAAUCACCAAAAACAAUUAGGACACCAAGAAUGCACAUGCUUUUCUCUUCUAGUGCAUCUAGCACCCAAAACUCUGAGAAGAAAAUGAGCUCACAGAGGCAGAAUUUGAAACAAGGUGAGGAUGUCAAAGCAAAAGUCAGCAAACCAAGGAAAUCAAUUCAUGUGAGCAGAGAAAUCCAGGGGAGGAAACCAAAGCCCACUUCCUCCAAGGUGAGAGUGCAUUCUCCAAGGAUGAGUUCCAAGGUUGAAACAUGCAAAAUAAAGGCUUUGGAAGAAAAGAAAGCAAAGCUGAAGAUGAAGAAAGAAGAGGAAAUUGUGGAGGAAAAAGUAGAAUUAGAUAGCUUUGCUGUGGUGAAAUCUUCCCUUGACCCACAACAAGAUUUCAUGGAUUCAAUGAUUGAGAUGAUCACAGAGAAACAGAUUAGCAAGCCAGAAGAAAUGGAAGAGCUUCUAGCAUGUUACCUGACUUUGAAUUCUAAUGAGUGGCAUGAUCUCAUCAUUGAAGCGUUCAGGCAGGUAUGGUUAUAUCUGAGCCAAGCUGGUUUGAGUGUUAAAUCAGACAAGCAAUGUUGUUGUUGUCAUGAUUGAGAACUUCAGUUUAGCUUGUAGUUUGUAGGAAAACUUCAACAUAAUUGUAAGUAAUUGCUCUUGUUCUAGUUAUGCUUUAAUUUUGCCUGAAUUUUCAGUAUUCUCUUCACAUAUUCUGUAAAAAUUUCAAGACAAGUUGCAUCAAGAUAUCAACAAAUUUCAU